UAGGAUGAUUCUUGCAACGAUAACACCAAGAUUGAGUAGACACUGCCUACAGCCUAGUACGUAUCUUGCACUGUGGAACUGCUAUUACAACGUAUUCUGCUCCGUCAUGAACUACUUUGCCAUUGCUGUAAUAUUUGGCUUGGUGAUGCUAGCAGACACGAUCAUAGGCUCUUCUUACACUUCAAACGAAGACGAACAACUUGAAGAAUAUCGAAAGAAACUGCAGAAUCUCUUGCCUUAUUCUUACAAGAGAACGUGCAUUUCCCGCGGAAGAAGCUGUGACGUUCAUCCUAACUCCUGCUGUGGGGGUUCCUCCUGUCGUUGUAACCUGUGGGGAACAAACUGCCGUUGCCAAAGACAAGGUCUCUUUCAAGGUUGGGGUAAAUAAAACGACGACUAACCCAUCUUGCACUUUAACGGCCCUGACCCUUAUAACUUACUUUCUGAACUAUUUCUUUAUAUUGAAAUCUUAUUUCUGGAUUUUAUGUUCUGUUUACAAAAGACCUUUUGGAAGUUUACUAUCAACUUCAUACUUUAAAAAAAGAACUGGAAAAUUGUACGAUAUCUUUUGGUAAACCGAAAGGUUACCAUUGUGCUAUUUAGUAAAAUGUUGUACGGGUA